AUGCUGGUCCGCCUGGAGCAGUAUAGUACGCUGAGUCUUUCUCCAGGUUUCCAGAACCUUGACAGGGUUCCCUGGCGGGCAGGCAUACCAAGGGAUUGGACCAGUGAUCUCGAAAAGUUUGAGGCGUUGGAUCCAGCAGAAUGGUGCCCUCGAGGUUAUGCUAUUGUAAACGUUGAUUCUCGUGGAGUCUUUGAUUCGGAGGGAGAUAUGUUCAUGUUCGGUACGCAAGAGGGCCGAGACGGGUAUGACGCCAUCGAAUGCAUUGCUUCCAAGCCGUGGUGUAAUGGAUCUGUUGGUUUUGCCGGCAACUCAUACCUUGCUGCCGCACAAUGGUUCAUUGCUGCCGAAAGGCCGCCUCAUUUGAAAGCAAUUGCCCCAUGGGAGGGUAUUGCAGACUAUUAUCGGGAACUACUUGGCAGAGGUGGCAUUCCCAACGAUGCCUUUGUGGACUAUCGUGGCAGUGGUUACUGUGGAAAGAAUAGACAGGAAGAUUCAGGUGCUAUGAUCCGUCAAUAUCCACUGUGGAACAAGUACUGGGAAGACAAAAGUGCCAAGUUUGCUCAGAUCGAUGUCCCGAUUUACGCUGUGGCGAGCUUCUCGACCAUGCUACACACAGAGGGCACGAUCAGAGGCUUUUUAUUCUCGUCAUCGAAAGACAAGUGGUUACGGAUCCAUCACACCCAGGAAUGGUAUGACUUGUACCAGAAAUGGGCCAACGAUGACCUGCAGAAAUUCUUUGAUCGGUAUCUUUAUGGGAAGGCUAAUGAUUGGGAAUUGACACCUAAAGUACGACACAGCUUGCUCGGAUUCAACCGCGAGUGUAUUUUGAAUAGGCCUGAGCCAGCAUAUCCACCAAGCUAUGUGGCACACCGCACUUUCUUCUUAGACAGUCAAACUGGGACUCUGAACGAAGGUGAUACUCCCGGGAAGCUUUCUUCAAUUAGCUACGUAUCAGACUCCUGGGAUGACGAUGGCGCGCACUUUGUCCAUAAAUUCAGCAGCUAUACCGAACUGAUUGGCUAUUCUCAGGUAAAGUUGUACAUGUCCUGUACUGAAACGGAUGACUUGGAUGUAUACGUUAUUUGUCGAAAGCUGGAUGCAUCAGGCCAGCCACUGAUGCAGCUGAAUAUCCCUCUUGAAGCUCUCCCAGGAGUGACAACGGCUGAAGAUGUCCCAUGUCUUAACAUUUUCAAAUAUUUAGGCCCCAAUGGUAGGCUUCGAGCUUCGCACCGGGAAUUGGGAGCUGACCCUACUCUGAAUAAGGAGCAGAGUGCGAUGUUGGCUCCUGCUGUAACAUGGCAUCCUCACAAUCAGGAGGACAAGAUUCCACCGGGCGAGAUUGUUUGUCUCGAUAUCCCACUGUGGCCCUCUGGCAUUAUUUUCGAAGCUGGAGAGUCUAUUAGGUUGGAGAUCAAAGGCCAUGAGGUGACGCUUCCAGAGUUCCCUGCAUUGGAUCGUGUCCCUAGAAAUUUAAAUCGUGGUAAACAUGUUAUACAUACCGGACCUGAUCAUCCUUCCUCAAUCGUGCUGUCCUUGGCCUCUGGGAAUUCUACGACAUAA